AUGGCCCAGGAGAACAGCCUCACGGCAGCGCAAGCUGGUUUGUUGACGAGCGGGAAAACUCUUGCCGAGGAACUGGAACGCAUCAAUCAACUCGAUCAUCUGAGCAAGGAUGAUCAAUUGCACUUGAGCGGCGAUUGGGUGCAGACGCUCGUAAAUCAUGUCUCGGACUAUGUUUAUGUGAAGGAUCGGCGCCACCGGUUUGUCGCGGCCAACCAUCAGGUUGCCUUUGACCUUGGAUUUCACGAACCUACGCAAGUCAUCGGCAAGACCGACAUUGAGCUCCACCUGCCGGAUACCGGAAGCAAGUUCGCCGCUGCCGAGGUGGCGAUCAUGGUCUCGAAAGAGGCGAGCAUUGACUAUGAAGAAAAGCUGAUCCUUGCAAACGGCAAACGUCGCUGGCUGUCUUCCUCGAAGUUUCCGGUCUUGAACGAUCAGAAUGAGGUUGUUGGUAUCGUCGGUAUCUCUCGUGACAUCACAGAGCGCAAGAAGUCCGAUUUGCUGCAGCAGGGACAAAAUAAGGUUUUGCAGGAAAUUGCGAAUGCAAAGCCUCUUCAGGAUGUACUCGAAACGCUUGUUCUGACAAUCGAAAGCCAGAUGGAUGGGGUUGUCGGGUCGGUCAUGCUGGUCACCGAAAACGGCAAAAACCUUCAGGCCGCUGUGGCUCCAAACCUGCCCAGUGAGUAUGUGGACCUGUGUGACGGCCUUCCGGUCGGACCAAAGGUCGGGUCCUGCGGCACGGCUGUUUACAGACGAGAGAGCGUUUUUGUUGAAAACAUUCACGAAGACGAAUUGUGGGAAGAUUUUCGGGAGGCCGUUAGUUGGUUUGAAAUGCGGUCUUGCUGGUCUGUGCCGUUUUUUGGAAAAGACACUCAGGUCCUGGGUACCUUCGGACUGUAUUCCAACGAGGUCCGGAGCCCGACGGAACAUGAAAAAAAGCUUGCCGUGGAAGCCGCGCGUUUGGCGUCGAUUGCAGUUGAAAGAGAGCGGGCGGAAAAGGAAAUACGGUUUCUCGCAAGCCACGACGUGCUGACGGGUCUGCCCAACAGGCAUGACUUCAAGGCGAAGCUCGCGGAAAAAAUCGAGUGCAGCAGAAAAACCGGUGAUCCGGUGGCCGUACUUUUCGUCGAUCUCGACAACUUCAAAUUUGUCAAUGACAGCUUUGGUCACGCAAUCGGCGACCGGGUAUUGACGAUCGUCGCUGAACGGAUCCUUUCGGUCCACGACCGAAGGCACCAGUCUAUCCGUUUUGGUGGUGACGAGUUCGUGUUGAUUGUCGAGGGCAAGGACGCCGACAAGCCCGCGCUCAUUGACUUGAUGGCACGGUUGAAGAACGAGAUCACCAAAACAAUCAGAAUCGGCGAUCUUUCCUUCCAUGUCACUUGCAGCAUUGGUGCGGCUUGUCAUCCGCUCGACGCGGAAAAUGCCGAGCAACUCCUCAAGAACGCCGACAAGGCGAUGUUCGAGGCCAAGUCACAGGGACGGGACGGUUACAAGGUCUUUGAAAAUACAAGACCGGGAACGUCGGUUAAUCGACUGACACUGCUGGAAGACAUGCGCAGUGGCAUCGCGAAGGGGGAAUUCCACCUUAAGUAUCAACCACAAUACGAUCUCUUUACCGGCAGGAUUGUCGGAGCUGAAGCACUUGCACGCUGGCAACAUCCGGUUCUUGGUGAAUUGAUGCCGGAGCAGUUCAUACCGCUGGCGGAAGACAGUGGCCUGAUCGUUCCACUCGGGCGCUGGGUGCUGUUUGAAGCCUGCCGCCAGAACAGGGAAUGGCAGAGGGAAGGGUUGGUUCCGAUUACCAUUGGCGUAAAUGUCUCCGCCCGUCAGUUUCGUGAUGUGGGCUUGAUUACGGAUGUUCGUGAAACACUUGGAAGGACCGGUCUGGCUGCCAACUAUCUGGAGUUGGAAGUCACGGAAAGCCUGCUUAUGCAGAAUGCCGACCAGGCGGUUCGGCUUAUGGACGAUUUUCGAAAGAUCGGUUUGAAACUUGCAAUUGACGAUUUCGGCACCGGAUUUUCAAGUCUGAUUGCGCUGAAAAGCUUUCCAUUGACCCGCCUGAAGAUCGACCAGAGCUUCAUCCGGGACCUGGAGACUGACGAAAACGACCGCAGCAUCGCUCGUGCCAUCAUUUCAUUGGGACGGGAACUCGGUUUGAACGUUGUUGCGGAGGGGGUUGAGACUGCAAAGCAACAGGCAUUCCUGGCCAGUUGCAAAUGCGAGACUGUACAGGGCUUUCAUUUCGGAAAGCCGAUGUCCGCAGACAAGCUCGGGAAGCUACUGGGCAUGUCCCUUGCACCGAUCAGCGCGCAGUUUGGCUAG